AUGAGGAGCCGGCAGCGGACGUUUGCAGCGGUGAUGCGCCUGCUCCUCAAGUGCCUACGCCGUAUCCCGCCUGUGUUUGUGGCACUGGUGAUCGGGCUGACAAGCUCCAUCGUGGCCAUUGUGUACAUCUGCCUGCUGCCCCUCAUCCUGCAGACCUACACUCCUGCCUGGAUCUGCUGGCACCUCGCCUACGGACACUGGAACCUCAUAAUGAUCGUCUUCCACUACUACAUGGCCAUCACCACCUCACCCGGGCAUCCACCGCAGGCCAAGGACGGCCUCACCGGCGUCUCCGUCUGCAGGAAAUGCAUUGCCCCCAAGCCAGCUCGCACCCACCACUGCAGCAUCUGCAACAGGUGUGUGCUGAAGAUGGACCACCACUGCCCCUGGCUAAACAACUGCGUGGGACACUACAACCACCGCUACUUCUUCUCCUUCUGCCUGUUCAUGACCAUGGGCUGCAUCUACUGCAGCAUCAGCGGCUGGGAGAUGUUUCGGGACGCCUACGCAGCCAUCGAGAGAAUGAAACUGCUUGAGAAGGAGAGACUGCAGGUGGCUGCCAACCAGACAUACUACCAGACCCCACCGCCCAUCUUCUCCUUCCGCCAGCGAGCUUUCCACAAGAGCGUGGUCUACCUCUGGGUGCUGUGCAGCUCAGUCGCGCUGGCCCUGGGUGCCCUCACGCUGUGGCACGCUGCCCUCAUCACCCGCGGGGAAACCAGCAUCGAGCGGCACAUCAACAGGAAGGAGAGGCAGCGGCUGCAGAAGAAGGGCAAGGUCUUCAUGAACCCCUACAGUAGCUGGGAUAACUGGAAGGUGUUCCUGGGCGUGGACUUGCCAAGGUAA